AUGGCUCGCUCGAAGCUCUGCGCACUUGGCGUGCUUCCUCUCGUGGCCGGUCACCUCAUCAACCCAUCGGCGACAAUUACGGCGAAGCCCACAGCGACCAGAGAAUAUGGCAGAUACGGCCAGAUGAUGGGACAUGAAUUGUUCGGAAGAGGAGCCGCUGAGCUUUGCGAUGGAGGGAACGCAAUGGCGUGUCCUGCCCCCUCCGGCACUUGCUAUACCGGUACGGACGGCUUGAUAGGGUGCUGCACCGCUACCCGCUGUGCACCUCGGACGACUUGCAUCGAAUACCAGUCUUCUAUAACGACUUCUUGUGACAUCGACCUUGGCGGCUGCCUGACAUGGUGAGCAGCCCUCGUAGAAGUGUCGCUAAAUGCACGACUGACGUCUUCCAGCUCGGAGUCAUCGUAUCCGUACUGCUAUACCAUUACAAACAUUGCGAAUGGACAGUGGAUCCAUUGGUGCGAUAUGGCAGGGGGUCCCAGGACCGAGACCACAUCCUACGUAAACCCAGCCAUGACAGGCGUCGAGGUGGAUGCCCAAGGCUUUCCGGUAACUGCAUCAUCAACCACAAUCACGUCCACCUCCAGCUCGACUUCAUUCACUACAUCUCCGGCGACCACAGUCCCUUCGACCAGCACCAGUGGCACCAGUGUCGUGGUCGUCUACAUCACCUCAAACUUUCCCGCUGAUAUUGCAUCUUCGACCGAAGAUCCAGCGGCUACGAGCGGCGACUCCACCAGCACGCCAACACCUUCACCACAGCAAGAGGAAAAGCAUGGCUUUUCGUCGGGAGCAGUUGGUGGCAUAGCAGGCGGAGCAGCAGCAGGCGUCGCUCUAGUCGUUGCAGGUCUCAUCUUCUACUUCCGAACGAGACUCUUCGGCUCGAAGCAGGAGCCAGAAUCCAACAACCCCCAGAACGACGACAAAGCCACCCAGCCAGACACGGCGACGCGCUCCAGCGCCUCUUUCACCAAAGGCGACGACCGCGGCCAUGAGCUCCCCCUCGAACUCCCGUCACAGAAUCUGUACUCGCCCGACUCCCUCGCACACCUCGGGCAUCCGAACGCCGCCGCCGCCGCCGCCGCCGCCGCUCCGUACGUGAUGAACGAGAAAGAAACCAACACCCAACAACGCUACACCAUCACGAACCCCGACGCUCCCGCCUCCCCAUACCAAGCCUACCGCCCUUACGCCCCACGCCCCGGAACCGUCGAAGCACCCGUCGACCGUCCCCUCUCCACCACCACAGGCACCAUCUCCCCCCUCCUCGGCACCACCAACACCACCACCAGCACCGCCUUCCCCUCCCCCGUCUCCCGCAGUUCACUCUUCCAGCCGCAACCCCAAGACAUCAUCCCACACACCCCCUCCAACUACCAGCUCCACCCGCCAGAUAGCAUUGUUCCGCAACAACAAACCGCAGCUCAUCAUCAUCAGCAACCACCACCACCACCAAGCUUGCCGCAGGACUAUUCGACUGCGAAUCUGACUUUCCGCGGCGGGGAGCCGGUUUAUAAUAAUCAUGGACGGGAAAGUCGGAGUCAUCUUGCUGCGGCGGCGGCGGCGGCGGCGCCUUGGGCUUAUCUUUCGGCGGAGGAUGCGAGGCAGUAUGGGGUUUGGGGGGACGGGGAGAGUCCGACGAGGGCGCAGCGGGAGGAGGAGGAGGAGUAG